AUGAGAUUCAGAAGAUCAGAAUCGGAAAAGGCAGAGGAGGAUAAGGAGCACGAAACGACGGCGUUUAAGCCCGACCCGAGAAGCCCACUACGGCCGUUGAAGCUGAACCGGAGGUCGGCGAGCUGGUCGGACACGUGGCUCAAGAACACGACUUCGCUCAAGAAUGUGGUCAUGGCGAUGCAUCUGGGCUCGCCCAGAGAGUCCAGAUUGAAGCCGCCGCAGAAAUCCCUAGUCCCCGAAUUGGGAAAUUCCGACCAGACGGCGCAAUUGUCCGAUCAGAUUCUGCUAAAGAUUCUGGGGAAGUUGCCGGAGAUGGAUCGGAAGCCGAGCUCGAUGGUCUGCAAGCGGUGGCUGAGCCUCCAGGGGAGGCUGGUGAGGUCGGCCAAGGUUAAAGACUGGAGCUUUGUCGAGUCGGGUCGGGUUAUUUCACGGUUUCCGAAUCUGACCCAGGUUGAUUUGGUACCUGGGUCAUUGAUUUCUGACCGGAACUCCGGGAUUCUGUUGAAUAAUUGUGCUUUUUCAGUGCCGGUGGCUUGUUCCGGUCACCGGGUUUUUGAGGUUGACUGUGAUUUGGUUCCUGGUGAGGUUGUGGAUAGAGGGCUUAGUGAGUUGGGGAGUGGGUGUCCUAAUUUGAAGAAGCUAGUUGUGAUUGGGGCUAGUGAGUUGGGGUUGCUUAGUGUAGCAGAGGAGUGUCCAACUUUGCAGGAGUUGGAGUUGCAUAAGUGUACUGACAAUUUGCUGAGAGGGAUUGCAGCUUGUGAGAAUUUGCAGGUGUUGAAGUUGGUGGCAAAUGUGGAGGGUCUUUAUGGCUCUGUGGUUUCGGAUAUCGGGUUGACGAUUUUGGCUCAAGGGUGUACAAGGCUGGUGAAGCUUGAGCUGAGUGGGUGUGAGGGGAGCUUUGAUGGGAUCAAGGCAAUUGGGCAGUGUUGCCAGAUGUUGGAGGAGUUGAGUUUCUGUGAUCAUAGAAUGGAUGGGGGGUGGUUGGCUGCGCUUUCGUAUUGCGAGAAUUUGAAGACUUUGAGGUUUCAGUCUUGUAAGAGGAUUGAGGUUGUUCCUGGGCCGGAUGAGUAUUUGGGUGCUUGUCCUGCUUUGGAGAACUUGCAUUUGUACAAGUGUCAAUUGAGGGAUAAGGGGAGUGUGAGAGCUUUGUUCAUGGUGUGUGCAGCUGCUAAGGAGAUUGUGUUUCAGGACUGUUGGGGAUUGGACAAUGAUAUGUUCAGGUUGGCAAGUAUUUGCAGGAGGGUGACAUUCCUAUCUCUAGAGGGAUGCUCACUUCUAACAACGGAAGGUCUGGAGUCUGUGAUUCUCUCCUGGAAGGAGCUUGAAGUUCUUCGAGUAGUAUCAUGUAAGAAUAUAAAGGACAAGGACAUAUCUCCUACACUCUCAAUCCUAUUCUCUACUCUCAAAGAUAUGAAAUGGAGACCUGACACCAAAUCUCUUCUUCCGUCAAGCAUUAUCGGAACCAGUCUUGGAAAGAAAGGCAGUAGAUUUUUCAGGAAAAAUAGAGACUUGAAGUUUCUGUUCGAUGCUCCUUGA